AACACACUCUGUAUUUUUUCGGUUACCGACGGUCCCAGGCGGAAAGGACAUCACUGAACCGGGCCGAACCGACGGUAUCAACAUUUGGAAACACUGUGACUCCGCCUCCGGUUCCUUCCGCCGCCUCUGCCCGGAUACAGGAGGCAGAGAGUCCGCCUACAGCUCCACAGGCUCCGGCCGUGUUGACGAACCCACAGAACCUACUGGAACUACAGAACCCACAGAACCUACAGAACCUACUGGAACUACAGAACCUACUGGAACUACAGAACCUACUGGAACUACAGAACCCACAGAACCUAUAGAACCUACUGGAACUACAGAACCUACUGGAACUACAGAACCCACAGAACCUACUGGAACUACAGAACCCACAGGACCUUCCCGGAGCUCACAGACCGUAUCUGUGCCCAUGGUGAGCCUGUCGUCGGUGCUGCGGCCGCUGGCGGUGCGGCUCCAGCGGCAGCUCGGCAGACCCUCCUCCGCCCUGGGCCACCGGAUCAGCCCGGUCCGGAGAUGCAACCUGACGGCCUGUUCCAGCAAGUUCGUCCUGUCCCAGAUGCAUCCCAUGUGGCAGGGGCCUCUGGUGGUACCUGGAGGCGACCGUCAGUCUCCCAUCGACAUCGUGGUGCGUAAGAGCGUCUUCGACUCGCAGCUGAAGCCUCUGGUCCACCACUACGACCCGCAGACCUGUCAGCAGAUCUGGAAUAACGGUUACUCCUUCCUGGUCGAGUACGACGACACUACAGACAAGUCCACGCUGAAAGGGGGCCCCCUGCAAGACAAGUUCAGGCUGUGUCAGUUCCACUUCCACUGGGGGGAGAGCAACGCCUGGGGUUCAGAGCACACCGUGGACAGGAAGCUGUUCCCUGCAGAGCUCCACUUGGUUCACUGGAACUCUGACAAGUACAGUCUGUUCGAGGAGGCGGUGAUGGAAGAUAAUGGACUGGCUGUUAUCGGAGUCUUUCUCAAGGUCGGAAAGAGACACGAGGGGCUGCAGAAACUGGUCGACGCCUUACCUGCAAUCAGACACAAGGGCAGCGUGGUGGAGUUUACCAAGUUCGACCCCGCCUGCCUUUUACCCUCGACCACUGACGACUACUGGACGUACCACGGCUCUCUGACGACCCCCCCGCUGACCGAGUCCGUCACCUGGAUCGUAAUGAAGCAGCACAUAGAAGUCAGCCAUGAUCAGUUGGCGGUUUUCCGCAGCCUCCUGUUCACGGCGGCGGAGGAGGAGGUCCAGAAGAGCAUGGUCAACAACUUCCGCGUCCAGCAGCCUCUGCGAGGUCGAACCAUCCGCUCCUCCUUCACCCCGUUCCUCCAGGACGCACCGUCAGCUGAAGGCGACCAACACACCCACUGACACCCCCCACCCCCCCAGUCCAACACACACCUGUACCUUUCCACACAGUGGGCUCACCUAAAGUGCUCUGUGCUUUUGAUUUUCUGAACACAAACCUGAGCAGUUACACUUCUUUUUUUACAGAUUUAACUUCAGUUUUACAUAUUUUAA